UGUAAGUCAUGACAGCAGAGCCCCUGACUCAAUGCUGCUUUGGUUAAUCAGUAACCAGGGUGGGAGCACAACGGCCGGGUUAAAAUAAAGGAGCAGAGGAGCCAGGACCUCACUCAGCACCUCACUCAGCAGCAGCAGGACACACACGAAAGAAUCAUUUUAAAGGUGACUACCAACAAAAGGUAAAAUGCGGUCGCCUCUUCUAGCCCUCCUACUCUGCUGCUACCUCUCAGGAAGCCAAGCCAACCGCGUCUACGUCCACCCCUUCUACCUCUUUGCCGCUGACAACGUCAGCUGCGAGACCCUGCAGACACAGACGUCCGAGCCUCUGGAGACACUUCCAGUGGCCCCCCUUGAUAAUGAAGUCCUCACACCAGACAGCAGGGACCCAUCCAAACUGGACGCACAAAGGCAGAACAUCACAGAGAGGACGGCGGUUCUGGCACAUCUGUUGAACACUCUGGGCCUGAGGAUGUACCAGGCUGGCGGCAACAAGCAGCACAGCACCAACACCCUCCUCUCGCCGCUCAACACUUUUGGAUCACUCGUCACCUUCUACCUGGGGGCCUCCAGGAAGACAGCGAGGCUGUACCAGGAACUACUGGGCCUGGACAGAGGCACCGACCAAAAGGACUGUGUGUCCUUAGUGGACGGACACAGGGUUCUCAAGACCCUGCAGGGCAUUAACUCUCUGGUGGACGAUGGACCCAAAGAUGAAAUCACCACCCAGGUCUGGGCCUUCACUCGCCAGGACGCUCAACUGUCCGAGGACUUUAUUCAAGGCACGCAGGACUUCUCCGACACGUCGUUCAUCCGCGGUGUGGACUUCUCCAAACCUCAGGAGGCAGAGCAGCUGGUGAACAGCUUCAUGGAGAAGACAUCAGGAGGGAAGGUGAAGGAUGUCUUCGAAGAUCUGAACUCCAGCAGCGACCUUCUGUUUGUUUCUUCCUUCAACUUCCAAGGCAACUGGAGGACAGCUUUUCAACCAGAGAAGACCGCCUUGCAGGAGUUUUAUGUGAAUGAAACAACCACAGUGAUGGCUCCUCUGAUGACCCACACGGGUCAGUACCACUACCUGAAUGAUAAGGUACGACGGUGCACAGUUGUGAAGCUGUCUCUGAGCAAACGGUCCUACAUGUUGCUGGUCCUGCCUCAUGAAGGGGCUAACCUCCAUGACAUUGUGUCUAAACUGCUCACAGACGACAUGUCUAAAUGGCACCAGAAUCUCCAGGAAGGUCUGUUGGAGCUGUCCCUCCCAAAGUUCUCCAUGUCUUCUGUGACUGAUCUGCGCGACCUGCUGACCGACAUGGGUCCACAAGUUGAGGCCGAGCUGUUGGGCUCCCAGGCCGAGUUCAGCCAACUGAGCAACACCACACCCUUCACUAUAGAUAAGGCGGUCAACAAGGUGAUGUUUGAGAUGUCCGAGGAAGGAGCAGAACCUCAGGACACGAUCCAGGAAGCAGGCAUCCCUCUAAAACUGUCCAUCAACCGGCCGUUCUUCUUUUCUGUCAUCGAGGGUGAUUCUAACGCCAUCCUCAUGAUGGGCAAGAUCAUCAAUCCUACACUGUAGAGUUAUAUAGUACUUAAAAACUAAUUUAGAUCAUACCAUUGUUUUUCAGCUGACAUAAUGCCCACAUACAGUACAUGAGGAAUGAAGCACAAUCUAUCUCAAGAAGGAUCUAUCAUAAUUCAACAGUGUUAUCUCUUACCACAGCUGAUCUCGCCACAAACUCAGGAGUCACUGGGGAUCCCUGUUUCAGUAUUUAUGAAAAGCUGUUACUUUAAGCUGAGUUGUUUUCAAGCAACCUUUUAAAAAUCCAAUUUUUUUUCUGUAAAAUUCUUUAUAGCAGAGUUCUGCACAGUAUUUUUCUGUAGAGUAGGUACAGUAACCAUGAUUCUCCAUGACGAAUGACUAAUACGUUGUAUAUUGUAACUAAGAGUUUAUUUUUGUUUUGUUACUUGUGAUUGCUGAAAUAAAACAUUUGUAUCCCAGUAUA